AUGCUUCUUUAUCCCUGCUUCCUUAUUUUAUGGCAUAUUUUAUCACCUAACCGAGCACACGUCACUGCCACGUCACAUCCGGCACGAACACCUAUGCGAAAUCUCUAUGAACACUUAUUUCUGGACUAUGUCAAAGAAAUCCGUCCAGUUCGAAAUGAAUCAGAAACUCUGAAAGUUGAAAUCAAAUUUUGGCUGAAACAAAUUCUAAAAGUGGACGAGCGAGACCAGAUUGUCAAUAUAUAUUGUUGGCUGGAACUCUACUGGCAAGAUGAAACACUCACAUGGGACCCGAAAAAGUUUGGAAAUCUAACAAGAAUCCACGUGCCAGCUCAUAAAAUAUGGAAGCCCGAUGUGUUGGUUUACAAUAAUGCAAAUAUGAAUGUAGAAGAGAACGAAAUGGAGACGAAUGCAAUUGUGGAUUAUACUGGAAGAGUGAUGCUUUUUAGGUCAAUGAUUACAGAUAUCAGUUGUAAUUUGAAUCUUCAGCAGUUUCCUUUCGAUCAACAGAUCUGCUUUGUAACAUUUGCCUCUUGGAGUAUGGAUGGCAGUAAACUAGAUCUAUCAGCUACACCAAAAACAGACAAUUUGGAGUUGUAUAUCAGAAAUACUGAAUGGGGAUUGACAGAUUUCAGAGUAAAAAUCUAUCAAAAAAUCUACGAUUGCUGCCCACACCCGUUUCCCGAUGUCACGUAUUUCAUGGUUUUGAGAAGAUCUCCGAGUUAUUAUAUAUUCAGUUUGGUAAUACCAUCAGCGUUCAUCACAGUUGUCACUAUUGUUGGUUUCUUUACACCUCAUUCAACGACUGGAGAGAAUACGGAAAAAGUUUCAUUGGGAGUUACUGCAUUGCUUUCUAUGGCUAUCAUCAUGAUGAUGGUAUCUGACGAAGUCCCCGCCACGUCCGAAGUGAUCCCUCUCAUCGGAAAAUACUACAUAGGACUGAUUUUUCUGAUAUUUAUGGCUGCAUUCACAACUACUCUCACUCUGUCAUAUCAGAUGCGUGGAAACAGUGGACAAGAGGUUGAUCCUCGAAUCCGUGACUUCUUCUUCUAUCAAAUUGCUGCAAAUCCUUGUAUCUCAUGGGCAUUUUCAUUCCAACUUCCGAAAAAAUUGUUGCGAUCGGAUAAUAGGAAACAGAGCUUCUUCUUUGCAAAUGGAAACCAUGUGAAUGGAUAUUCAAAAGGGGAACUUCAACCCCAUACCCCACCAGCUCAUAUAGUGAAAAUGGAAGAAAUAACCGGUGGAGGAAGUGUCAAAAGUUUUGUGAUGUCUGCUGAAUCUCAGGCGACGUCUACAUUAUUGACGUCAUCUCUUCUGAAGAUUAAAGUGGUUCUAGAUGAUAUGAAAGCCUCGAUUCACGCUGAACGAGAAUUGAAACGAAUAAAAUUUGAAUGGCAACAAGUGACUCGUCUGAUUGAUCGAUGUAUCAUGUUUGGCUAUAUUCUGAUAACAAUUGCAUUCGCUUUGGUCAUGUUGGCAUCGAGAGAACCUCCGAUCGUAUUGAAUGAUAUUAUUAUGGAUUCAGUCAAAAGUACAUGA